CUGUCAGAGAGAAGCUGUGCAGCUCUGGCCUCAGUUCUCAGCUUCCAGUCCUCUAGUCUGAGAGAGCUGGACCUGAGUCACAACGAUCUGCAGGAUUCAGGAGUGAAGCGUCUCUCUGCUGGACUGGAGAGUCCACACUGCAGACUGGAGGCUCUCAGGCUGUCAGGCUGUCUGCUCACACAGGAAGGCUGUGCUUCUCUGGCCUCAGCUCUGAGCUCCAACCCCUCCCAUCUGAGAGAGCUGGACCUGAGCUACAAUCAUCCAGGAGACUCAGGAGUGAAGCUGCUCUCUGCUGGACUGGAGGAUCCAACCUGGAGACUGGAGGCUCUCAGGGUGGACCAUGGUGGGGAGCAGUGGUUGAAACCAGGCCUGAGGAAGUAUUCCUGUGAACUCAAACUGGACACAAACACAGCUCACAGACACCUCGUCCUGUCUGAGGACAACAGGAAGGUGACAGGAGUGAGACAGAAGCAGCCAUAUCCUGAUCACCCAGAGAGGUUUGACUACUGGAAACAGAUCCUGUGUAGAGAUGGUCUGACUGGUCGCUGCUACUGGGAGGUCGAGUGGAGACGAUUGGUUUCUAUAGCAGUGACUUACAGAGGAAUCAGAAGGAGAGGAGACAGUUGUGACUGUGAGCUUGGAGGGAAUGAAAACUCCUGGAGUCUGUUCUGCUCUGAUGAAAGAUUCACUGCCAGACACAAUAACAGAGAGACAGACAUCCCUGCCUCCUCCUCCUCUCACAGAGUGGCAGUGUAUCUGGACUGGCCUGCUGGCUCUCUGUCCUUCUACAGCGUCUCCUCUGACACACUGAUCCACCUCCACACCUUCAGCAGCACCUUCACUCAGCCUCUGUACCCGGGGUUUUGGGUUUGGUCUGGUUCCUCAGUGUCUCUGUUUCCCUGCGCAGUGGACUACACAGGGUGCGCCGCCAUGUUCAGUGUGAUUCCAAACCACAGGGAGCAGUUUGAAGGGUCCUGUGAACUGUGCAGGGAACAAGUGAACAACGGCUCCUCACUUCGCCCAGUUCGCCAACGGAUAUUACCCAUCAGUCAUUGCGCGCCGGCGAGUCGAACCAACGGUUAA